AUAGAAUAUUAUAUUCAACAUGAUCACUGAUGAGGAGGAGAUUGAAAGAGAUAUGUCUACAGGAAGAGGACGAGGUCGACGUUCUUCAUCUAGAAGAAUAAAUGACGGAGCAAGGACAAGACAGAGAGUGAGAACUCUAGCAGAUAAGGAGGAGAUUGAAUCUAAUUCUGAACAAGGAGAUAUGUCUAGAGGAAGAGGACGAGCGGUAAGAAGAGGACGAGGUCGAUGUUCUUCACCUAGAAGGCCCUUAGGACGGAAGAAUGAAGAACCAAGGACAGAACGGAGAGAGAGAACUCAAAGAGUAGAACCUAGUCCAAGCAGGAGAUCUAGACGUCAGAGAUCUGAAAGGAACUGCGCACAGAUUAAUAAUCUCCCUGAUGAUCAUAUUCCAUCUAGAAGAUCUACACGCCAGAGAUCUACAGGAAACUGUGCACAGAUUAAUAAUCUCCCUGAUGAUCAUAAUCCAUCUAGAAGAUCUAGACGUCUAAAUGAAGAUCUACCUGAAGAUCGUACUAUAGCACCUGGUCAAAGUAGGAAUUCUAGACGCAAAAGAACGAUCAACUACAAUGAUCAAGAUGAUGAAGAUCUUGAUCUAGUUCCUGGCCCACUACUCCAAGAGAAUAAUCAGGAUACGGAUUAUGAGAUGGAAGAAUCUAACAUGAAGAAAGGAAUAAGAACACGGAAGAAGAAUCUAGGAAAGAAGAAGAAGAAAUCUGAAAUGAAGAAAAGAGGUUUUGUCGUCACAAGAUCAGAAAAACUGCUGCCCUACCAGUUUGUGUUUUGUUACCAAUGUGAGAAAGAAAAGCCUGGUGGCUGUGUGAUUCAUCAUAAGAAAAUCAGUUAUCAGGAUUGUACCUUGAAAGUAGAUCCUUCCAAUAAAAAGGAAGCCGGAAAUGGACUUUGGAAUGAUGGUGAACCUAUCCUGAAAGGUUCUAUUUUAGGACCUUUCCUAGGAAAGAGGAUUCCUAUCAGUGUAUUGAAGAGGCAGGAAUCUAAUUCAGGUUACAUAUGGGAUAUUAUGAAUGCAACAAGGACUAAAGUCAUAGAAGGUAUUGAUGCUGGCAAAAAUCCUGAUGCAACAAUUAAUCCUCUAGCUUUUGUCAACUGCUCAGAGUCUGAAUUUGAGACCAACAUGGUUGCACUCCAGUACGAGAAUAACAUCUUUUACAUGGCCAUUAAGGAUGUUCCUUCAGAUGUAGAAUUGCUUAUGUUCUAUGGGAAGAAUUAUGCCGAGGCUCUGAAAAUAGAUCUUAAGGCUCUGUUUAAGUUCAAGGGUGUUGAAGACUGGAGUUGUGAAAUAUUUUCUUGUCUCUAUUGUAGAGUAGGGUUUAUUUCCCAGGACAUGCUUGACUCCCAUCUUAGUUCAUGUAAAACUAAAAAGAAGAAGGAAUCCACCUCUGUUCUAACUUGUCACAUUUGCAAUAAAAAAUGUUUAUCCGAGAAGAGCUUGAAACAUCAUGAAUAUAGUAUUCACGGCGAGUUUAAUUGUCCUGAGUGUGGGGAGGUGUUUAGUUCAAGAAGUAAGUUCAAUCGACACAAAAUGAAGACUCAUCGAAAUUCAACAUUCCCGUGUUCACAGUGUGAAAUGAGUUUUUCUAUUAAGUUCAACCUCAUGCGUCAUGUCAAAACCAUCCACCAAAGAAUUCAAGAUUUUAUAUGUUCGCUUUGUGGAAAGAGAUUCAAUCAAAUUAGUGACCUAACAAGACAUAUUAGCAUGGUGCAUGAUUUAGUGAAGCCCUUUAAGUGCACCAUUUGUGAUCGACGUUUUGGACAUUCUAGUUCUCGAAUCACUCACAUGAAAACCGUUCAUGAUAGAAUCAAAUAUCCCUGUUUGCAGUGUGAGUAUGAAGCAACACAAAAAUCUAGUUUAUAUACCCACAUAAAUUCUGUUCAUCUGAGAAAAUACUCCUUCAACUGCAAGUACUGUGAUUAUGGUUGUACACAAAGUAAACACCUAGAAUCCCAUGUGAAGAGUAAACACCCAAAGCACUGGGAUCUAGAACAGAAAGACUAUGAUCGGAACCAUCCAGAAGAGUGUAGCAAAUGUAAGAAGAAGUUCAUGACAACAAUUGAGCUACAGCGUCACUUUAACAAUUUACAUAAUAGCUCAAUCGGAUUAGCCUUGAACAAGCAAAUCUGAACUACUGUUCUAUCCUACCUAGCCACAGCCCUGGGUCAUCAUAGUCUGACCCAGCUGAACCACCAUCACUUUAUACUUUACCUUAGUGGUGUUUAAUUACAAGUUUAUUUUCCUUCAUCUGUUAUUUUUUUCUCGUAAUGUCAUUUAUGUCAAUUUUUAUAAU